CUGGCCUUCUGACUUCUCUGCGCAUGUCCAAACAGCAGUUGUUGUGUUUACGUCAUUGCGCGACGAGUGACAGUUGAAGCGCUGCUGGCUCAAAAAACACGAUAAAUUUACCUCUACGGGUAAAUAAUGUCGGUGAGACACGCCAUCGGCCGGGGGCUGGAGUAUGGCCGCUCGUUCUUGCAGAUGGGUCUCCUUAAGAUCGGUGGCCGGGUCGCAGCAAAGCUCCGAGCUGACCGUUUACGCGUAGGCCAUUCGGUCCGUACUGCUCAACCUCAGGCUUUUUUGCCGUCCCGGUACCGCUACUACCGUACCUCUCUGCGAGGCCUGGCAGCCCAGCUCCAGUCCGCCUCCUUCAGGAGGAGGCUGACUGGUGGAUCCCCGCGGAACAGAGUGCUGUGCCUGGCUUUCGGGCUUGGUGUAGGGUUUAUCGAAGAACAGCUGGAGGAUGACAGAAAGAGUGCUGCGACAUGUCAGGAAAUCCAGGCUGUGUUUAGAAGGAAAAGAUUCCAAAGCACAAUGAAACCAUUUCCCUCUGGAUAUAAACUGGAAGAUUACAUUAUUGGAAACCAGAUUGGGAAAGGCUCCAAUGCUGUAGUGUACGAGGCUGCACCUCAGUGUUCCACUCUGAAGGACAAAGACAGUAAUUGCUCCCUGGUGCAGCUGAGAGAGGAUGAAGGGGAAGGAGAGAGAACUCGGUCUGUGAUGUGUUGCUCACUGAGAAACUUUCCUCUGGCUAUCAAGAUGCUGUGGAACUUUGGGGCAGGCUCGUCAAGCGAGGAAAUAUUAAAAUCCAUGUCACAUGAACUUGUGCCAGCAGGCCCUCUGGCUGUGGAGCUAGAAAAAGAACACAUUGUCCAUGAUGGUCAAUUUGGAGUCCUGCCCAAGAGAGUGUCAGCUCAUCCCAAUGUGAUCAGAGUUUACCGUGCGUUCACCGCAGAUGUUCCUCUGCUGCCGGGUGCCCAGGAUGAGUAUCCAGACGUGCUGCCGGCCAGGCUUAACCCUGCUGGUCUGGGCAACAACCGCACGCUUUUCCUGGUCAUGAAGAAUUAUCCUUGCACACUGCGGCAGUACCUGGAAGCGUCCACACCGGGGCGUAGGCAAGGAUCUCUGAUGUUGCUGCAGCUGCUGGAGGGAGUUGACCAUCUGUGCAAACAAGGUGUCGCCCACAGAGAUCUCAAAUCAGACAACGUGCUGAUGGAGUUUGACUCGGAUGGUUGUCCUCGUUUGGUGAUCACCGACUUUGGUUGCUGCCUGGCUCAGCGCAACGCCAGUCUAGAGCUUCCAUUUAACAGUGCGUGGGUCAGCAAAGGUGGCAAUGCUUCACUUAUGGCCCCAGAGGUUGCCACGGCAGUUCCAGGGUGUGGCGCGGUCAUUGACUACAGCAAAGCCGACGCCUGGGCAGUGGGUGCCAUCUCCUAUGAGAUUUUCGGGAAGCUGAACCCAUUUUACAGAGGAGUGGGCCUGGAGAGCAGGAAGUACGAAGAGAGGCACCUUCCUACCCUGCCGCCCGCGGACGUGCAGCUGGUGAUCAGAUUACUGCUCAGGAGGAACCCUAGCAAGCGACCCAGUGCCCGCGUCGCCGCCGAUAUGCUACAUCUCAGCAUCUGGGGCGGGAAGGCGCUGGCCAAUCGUGACAGCACGGGCAUGAAGAAGCUGGCUGAUUGGCUGCUCUGUCAGUCCGCUGGUGUGCUCCUGAAGGGCUGCAGGGGCCCCAGCGGCAACAGCGUGGAGGUGGAGCUCCAGAGGAGCUUCCUGUCUAACCUGGAUCUGGAGGACCUGCGCUCUGCCAUGGGCUUCCUGCUGUAUGGGUGGGGGCAGCGUCCUGCCCACGUUCUGUCUGUAUAGAUCAGAGCGAAAGG